AUGUUCUCCCUCAAGGCUCUCAUCUUGAUCGCCGCGGGCGCACUCGCCCUGCCCUCGAACACCAACGGCAUUCAUGACCUGCUCCAGGCACGCGCUGGAACACCCAGCUCAAACGGGCAGCACAACGGCUACUACUAUUCCUUCUGGACCGACGGUGGUGGUACCGUCAAUUACCAGAACGGCGACAAAGGCAACUUCGCAGUGAACUGGAAGAACUGCAGCAACUUUUACGGCGGCAAGGGCUGGAAACCCGGCACAUCCCAAACCGUCAACUUCAACGGCACCUUCACCACCUCCGGCAACGGCUAUCUCUCCAUCUACGGCUGGACUACGAGCCCACAAACCGAGUACUACAUUAUCGAGUCCCACGGAACCUACGACCCGUCAAAGUAUGUCCGAGUCCUGGGCAGCUACUCAUCCGACGGCAGUGUCUAUAAGCUUGCCAGGACAUCAAGGAUCAUCUACCCGCCUACGAGCCCCUUAGGUGCUGUACAGCACCAGUACUAUGCUGUGCGUCAGGAUAAGCGCACCAGUGGCACAGUUGACGUGGGUAACCAUGUCAGGGUCUGGCAGGAGAAGGGGUUGAAGUUGGGGAAGCAUGACUUCCAAAUUGUGGCUGUUGAGGGGUAUCAGAGUUCGGGGGAAGCGGACGUGACGGUUUGGUGAAUGGAGUGGUGGCUAAGGCACGGAGGGGGCAUGGGGGAUAUCCGGCGGUGUCAGUUGUAUGUAGUGGAAGACUUGAAGGGGACUGUGAUGGGCUGAGCCCAUGAUGGCCUCGGCAACCCUCGGCCGUGGUAUCAUGAUAACGUCAUCCUG